AUGACUCCUUUGGAUGGUCCUUACAAGCUGCUCCUCCCGACGAUGAGACAUGGUACCUACCUGGCGCUUGUCGCAUGGAUAGUUUCAGGCUGCGGAACAGGAAAUGUCGUGGCGGCAGAGAAAGUCAGCCAUCUUCAUCCCAAGCUGAUACAGGCUGUUACUCGGCAGUUGAGUGACUGCACGGAACAAUGUGCAGCUAUCGGUGAAGCAGUUCAGAUAUGCGAUACGACUAAUUGUUUGUGCACGCCUCCAUACGCCGAAAGCCUGCAGCUUUGCGCCAUGUGCCAAAGUCAGGGGUGUAACGAGCGGCAAUAUGACGUUUGGGACAAAGUCAUCGACUUAUUCAACGGAAUUUGCGCUGCACCUCCUACAUCACCCAUCGCUUUUACGACGCCAACUGCAACUACCGACCCAAUACCACUGAUUACAAAACCCACCUCUGAAAACGACUCGACCCCGGUUGUCGUACUGGAUGACGAUUAUAUCCUCGUUGGUUCCUGCUCCAGAGGACUGGGACAGGUGGUUCUCCCCAGUCGCCUACCUCAACCAACCACUUGGGAUGGUGAUGCUACAUCAGUCCCGACGCCGUCCAGGGGGUUGGGCAGGAUAGAGCUACCCGCUGAGGAGCCUCAGAUUUCGAUUAUCACCGUCGAAGAGCCCUAUUCGAACCCUGCUUUAGUCACCGAUGCAUCCGCAGUUCAAGACGACAAGGAUGUCAUCCAGUCCCCGCCUACUCCUGCACCCGCUCCGACCCCUCACCAUACCCAUUCCGACGAACCUUCCAGGACUGGAGGACCAAACCAAUUAUCUCUAGGACCGACAGGAAGGCCCAUUGCUCAACCGGUAGCAGGCAAUGCCGGUCCAUCAGAAAGCUCGAAUUCAAGCGCACUACACACGCCAUCCCAGGCCGUCGUCAUCUCUACACUUUUUUCUCUACUAGGGGCAUCUGUGUCAGUCUCCCUCUUCCAAUGGCAUUCGUAA